AUGCCUGCCUUUUCACGUCUUAUUCGCUUCCUCGCCAGAGAUGGCCGCACGUACUAUGGUGAUGCCAUCCUACCAAAAGGGGUUGUGGACAUCGCAAAAACCAAGCGAGCUCGAAUUGUUACCGGUGAUAUAUUCGGACAGCAUCAAGUUACAGACCAAGUGGCUGACAUUCGUCUUUUGCUACCACCCUUGGAUCCCGCCCACGUCAAGACAGUCCGAUGUCUUGGCUUAAACUAUGCCGACCACGCAAAAGAGACAAACAUGCCCCAGCCCCAAUACCCAAUUCUUUUCUACAAGCCUGCUACAUCGCUCUCAGGCCCGUCUGACCCGAUUCCCGUUCCGCAUGUGGCCCAGGAGGGCAGUGGCUUGGAUUACGAGUGCGAGCUGGUCAUAGUAAUCGGAAAGAGAGCUACCGACGUUUCCGAAUCAGAGGCUCUUGAUCAUGUUCUUGGGUAUUCCGUAGGCAACGACGUAUCACAUCGAGAUUGGCAGAUCAAGCGAGGAGGAGGCCAGUGGUCGCACGGCAAGGGAUUCGACGGCUGGGCUCCUUAUGGCCCAGGUAUUGUUACCACUGAAGUGAUAAAGGACCCUCACCAGUUGAGGAUUUGGACCAAGGUCAAUGGCGAAAUCCUCCAGGUGUGUACAUCCUAA